AACCCAGUUCAAGAGAUCCCAUGGUGGAGACCAGCAGCAGCAGUGGAAGCGACACAAAUGAACCCGUUUGCGCCCAAUUGUUGAACCAGUUGAACACAGCUUAUCAACAUCUCGCUCCAGAUGCUCAGGCCCUCUUUUACAACCAGGAGAACGGCGGGAAGCCCCCGUUGGUUGGGAUCCAGUUAAUGGUACCGAAGACUCCGAAGGACUAUCGUUUCAUGAAAUGGAAUUGGCCACUGAUAAGAAAGACUUGUUUCUGGUCCCUUAUGUCCGUACUCAUUGGUUGUACAGCUCUGGUUAUCGGUGUAAUUGCGACGAUGCCAAAAAGGUGUAAUCCUCCAGUAGAGUGGUGGCAGGGGAGCCUCUUCUACGAGAUCUUCCCAGCAUCCUUCCAGGACUCCUCCAAAAUCGGCGACGGGAUAGGCGAUCUUCGAGGGAUAUCCAUGCGCCUAGAUUACCUGAAGCACCUGGGUGUCCAAGGAAUCAGACUAAACUCCAUCUUCCGAGCAUCCCAUUACCCGGAGCACUACUCGAACAUCACCAGUCUGACCGACCUGGAGCCACACCUGGGAACCAUGGAUGACUUUUCAUCCCUGGUGCGCCAAAUCCACGAAAGGAACAUGUCCCUCCUGCUGGACUUGCCCCUGUACCCCUUGGUGAAGGACUUUGGAGAGGCACUAACAGAAACGCCAGGAUCAAACGGUUCCGAAAAGUCCUCUCGCGAGAUGCGAGACGCAGAUGGUCCAACAUUGUCGAAGGAGGCUCCUUCCCCAGCACCUAUGUCCUUCCAAACCAUCAGAGAGGUCCUGUCGCCACGACCAUCCUUCCAGGAGCCGCAGGAGCUGACCAGCAACUCCACUUUUGGAGAGCUUAGAGAAGACCACGUGGUGACCAUCGCCAUCCGGUUUUGGACCAAACGUGGGGUCGAUGGGUUCUAUUUAAAGGGCCUGAAGCAUUAUGUUAAUGAGAGCAACUUUGUGGAGAUGUUGAAACACUGGAAGUCGAUUUUGGGUCCUGAGAGGGUACUUAUUUGUGACGUGGAGACCCUGCACGCUGCUUCGACGCCUCCUGUGCAGAAUGUCCUCCUGAGCAGGAUCGACCUGGUGGACGUGCCGUUGAGGGUCUAUAAUGGGACGAAAAACGUUGCUAAUCAGAUAAGGAAGGUCACUGAGGGUCUGCUUUUUGAGAAACCUAGUCACCCUUGGGUCCACUGGAGCAUUGGUGGCGUGGAUACGAAGAGGGUCGCCUCGGUUCUUCAUGUUGCCAAUGCUAGUAUCGCGGCAUCCUUGUUGGGCAUGAUGUUGCCAGGAACCCCCAGCAUAUUCUAUGGAGAUGAGAUAGGAAUGGUGGACUGCAACUGCGAGGACCACCAGGACCUGAAGGACCUCCACAACUUAACUCCUAUGUUUUGGGAUAAGACUGACGGAGUCGCGGACAAAUUCUCAACUAAUGGAGUCUUUGCCUGGUUAUCGGAACCAACUGCACCGACGGAAACCAGUUUGAUCGGUGCAGUUGCCAAAAUGGUGAAACUUCGUUCCGAGACUCCUACGAUAUACGUCAAGGCGGUUUAUAAGGAUAAUAAAGCUGCGGCGAAUUGCGACAUCAGAUACACGGCAGAUGAGCUGAUCGUCGUUGAAAGAUGGUAUCCAAGGCGAAACUCGUACGUUUUGGUUGCCAAUCUUGGCAAUGAGACGCAAACAAAGGACUUAUCGAACCUUUAUUAUGGAGGCCACGUUGUCGUUGGUCCUGCGAACAAAAUGGGCAAGGAUGUGUACUUCAAGCAGCUCGUUAUCCUUCCUGGCGAAGCCUUUGUCAUCAAGCUCGACAAAUGAGCGUAUAGGAAUUGGUAACCUAGAAAUCGCUACCUCUUCAGGUACUACUUACCGACCGAAAAAUCACCAAAGGUGCUCAAAGGGUCGCAUCGAUGUCCGUCUCCCUCGAUCUCAUCAAACUGUAUUAACUCUGAGAAUUGUGCAAAUCUUGGGCGACGUAGUCAUGAUUUGUACCAUGAAGUAGUAUAAGGAGACAUACCUAUUUUCGCUGAUCUAAUGAUAAGAGCGCCACUUGCGGAAGAAGAAGGAACUCCGAUCCUACGUGACCAAAACAAUUCCUAUCGAUAUAAAUGACCUAAAAUGCUUAUAAUUUUGCAAUUAAGAUACGUAAAGAGAAACGAUAAUCCAAGUAUAAUAUACAGAACGUGAUGUUUUUAACAUGAUAAAGAUUAGAAGACAAAUGAUAAUUUUUAAUUGCAAAAUUUCCUGAAGGAGGCGCUCUCGGCGCUAGAUCGGAAAAAAUCUGAAGAACUUGAACCAUUAAAAGGGGACGAUUUCAAUACAUGGCGUUGGAUCUCUUUAUAUUACUUUGUGAUUUAUACCAUGAAGUAGUGUAAAAAGACAUAACGUCUAUGGUCGGAUUCAUAGAAAGUGGCCCUAGAAUCGGAACCCAUAAUCUCAGAUUUUCGCUGAUUGAACGAUACGAGCGCUACUUGCGAAAAAUGAGAGAACUCCGGUCCUACAUGACAAAAACAUUUCCUAUCGACGUAAAUGACCUAAAAUGCUUAUAAUUUUACAAUUAAAAUACAUAAUGUGAAACGAUAAUCCAAGUGUAAUAUACAGAACGUGAUUGUUUUAACAGGAUAAAGUUUAGAAGACACGCUGGCAGAUGAUAAUUUUUAAUUGCAAAAUUUCAUGGAGGCGCACUCGGCACUAGAUCAGAAAAAAUCUGAAGAACUUGGACCCCUAAAGUGGGGACGAUUUCAAUACAUGGCAUUGUAUCUCUUUAUUCUACUUCGCGAUUUAUACCAUGAAGUGGUAGAAGAAGAUAUAACGCCUGUGGUCAGUUCCGCAGAAAGUAGCCUCAGAAUCGGGAUCCAUGAUCUCAGAUUUUCGCUGAUUUAACUAUGCGAGCGCUACUUGCGGAAAAAGAGGGAACUCCGGCCCUACAUGACCGAAACAUUUCCUAUCGACGUAAAUGACCUAAAAUGCUUAUAAUUUUGCAAUUAAGAUACGUAAUGAGAAACGAUAACCCAAGUAUGAUAUAGUGGACGUGAUGUUUUUAACCUGAUAAAGAUUAGAAAACACGCUGGCAGAUGAUAAUUUUUAAUUGCAAAAUUUCAUGGAGAAGGCGCUCUUGAAACUAGAUCGGAUAAAAUCCGAAGAUCUUGGACCUCUAAAGUGGGGACUAUUUCAAUACAUGUCGUUGGAUCUCCUUAUACUACUUCGUGAUUUAUACCUCCGACUUCCGGUCAGAAUCUCAGGUCUCUGAUCAUAGAAUGUGAAGACCACGAGAAGCGUUGUAGCUUCGUUUAACGACGAACGGUAUGAAAUCGUUGUUGAGGAAGUCAAGGACCUCUAGUAAUACAUUUUCCGCCGAUGUAUGUAUUUUACUCUAACCAUAUGUAUUUUAUUUUUUAAGUUUGUCAUUGUACUUCAUAAAGAUAUGCGGCUGCGUCUCUGACAAGUUCACGAGUCUUGGCUGAGCGCCUAGUCUCUUUACUUCAAUCAUCGCGUAAUGGACAUUUAAGGUGAAAUGGAACACGUCGAGAAAUUUGAUCGAUGUCGGCAAAAAGGUUUCUUGUAAAUACCUACGUUACCGGUGUUCGUAUUUUGUAUUGACAGUUUUUUCGAAUUAUAUUGGGUUUUCUACUAAAUGGCGUACUCCAUGUGUCGUUUCCGUACAAUAAUUAUAAAGAAAUCGAAGUAAAACUCCAGAAAUCCCCCGGAUUCAUGGUUUUUG